CUCAAAAACAACUACAAUUCUCAAGAAAAAUAACUAAUAAAAUGAAUAAAUUAUUAGUAGUUUUUUGUUUUGUAACUUUGGUUGCCUCAGUUAUAGCUACCGAUUAUUGUAGCGAUAAAAUCUGUUAUAAUGGUGACAAACAUAUUGCCUGUGACAACGAUGGAAAAUUCUAUUCAACUUGUCCCAAAGAUGCUGCAAAACGUGAAAUGACUGAAGCGCUGAAGAAAUUGAUUGUUGAGGAGCACAAUGAGAAACGUAACAUGGUUGCUGGUGGUGAUAUUAAACAUCUUAAGCCCGCUUGUCGCAUGGCCACUAUGGAAUGGGAUGAUGAAUUGGCUUCUUUGGCUGAACUCAAUGUUUUGCAAUGUAAAAUGAAACACGAUAAAUGUCACAAUACCGAUAAGUUUAAAUACGCCGGACAAAAUCUUGCCUCAUUGGGUUUUACACGAAGUCCUAAUGAUGAUUUUAUGAUUAAAAAAUCUAUUAGAUUAUGGUUUCAGGAGAAUCGCGAUGUCAAACAAGCUGUUAUUGAUAAAUUUCCUGACGGUUAUAAGGGACCAACAAUUACUCAUUUUACUGGUAUGGUUGCGGAUCGUAAUACACGUGUGGGUUGUGCUGCUGCUACUUACACUGUUUCUGGCAAAAAUAAAGCCUAUUUGUUUGCUUGCAAUUAUGCCACUAUUAGUAUGAAUAAAUAUGCCAUUUAUAAAAGCUGUGAUAAACCUGCUGUUGACUGUAAGACGGGCACUAAUCCAUCUUAUGAAAAUCUGUGUUCCACCUCGGAAUCAUAUAAGGUCAAUCAAUUUCCUUAGUUUAGUUAGUUUUUCUAUUAACUAACAUUGUUAUUUUUAUCUAAAAUUAAUAUUUGUUUACUUUAAAACAUUUUUAAUAAAUUUAUAAUUACGUAUUAAAGAAA